CUCUUCUUUAAAGGUAAACCCGCCUCUCACAAAAUGGCAAAGACGGACGCAAAAAGAAUGGAGAGAUACAAAUCAAUGAUCUGCAAAGUAGCAGCUGAUUUUGAAAUCCAUCCAGCUCUGAUUGCUGCCAUCAUUUCCAGAGAGUCCAGGGCUGGAAACACUCUCAGAUGCGGCUGGGGAGACUGGGACACACGUAGAAGGGCAUACAAUGCCUGGGGACUGAUGCAGGUUGAUGUUAACCCAGAAGGAGGUGGGCACACUCCAAAAGGUGAAUGGAACAGUGAGGAACAUCUCCGUCAAGGGACUCAGAUCUUGGUCGAUUUUAUUGACAAGAUACGUACAAAAUUUCCAAGAUGGAGCAAGGAGCAGCAGCUGAAAGGAGGAAUAGCAGCCUACAAUAUAGGGGACAGAAAAGUCCAUUCGUAUGAAAACGUGGACGCCAACACAACGGGCCGAGACUACUCUAAUGACGUUGUUGCCAGGGCUAAGUGGUAUAAAACACAUAUGUUUGAUGAUUAA